AUGUCGCUCACGAACUACUUCGACCCCUUCUUCUCCCUUUCCGAGUUCGACCGCCUCUUUGACGAGGCGUUCGCAGCUCGUACCGGUGGGAACACCACUGGAAAUAACCAAGUGCAGCGCCGGAGCACUGACAAUGGAUCACGUCUGUUGAGACCAAGGAUGGACGUACACGAAGACAAUCAGAAUAACCUGGUGACGGCUACCUUCGAGCUCCCGGGUCUCAAGAAAGAAGACGUCAACAUCGACGUGCAGAACAACCAGCUGAGCGUCUCCGGGGAGACCAAGAUCUCGUCGGAGCGUGACGAGAAUGGAUACGCCGUCCGCGAGCGGCGGUACGGCAAGUUCUCGAGGACGCUCCCGCUUCCUCAGGGUAUCAAGGUUAGUAGAUUUUGUCCAAGUCUUGUGAUUCGAGCAUCGUACUGA